UGACGUUGGGUUAGCGGCGAUCCUGGCCGCUGACAAACCUCGGUCGCCGCACUGUACCUGCAGCUCUGGAAAAUGUUAGCGACCAAAGCUUUGGCCUAAAUCUUGACCUUGACAUCAACAGAGCAUCUAUUGCAGCGCGAACUUAGCAGCAUCCACAACGACCUGACUCGGAAUAUUGAAAGAAUAUUACUAGAAAUAAAUUGACUGCUCCAUCCUCUGUAGGCGAUCGGCCUGCGCCAUUCUCACACAUCAUGCCCGGCGCCGUCGAAUCUCCUGCCUCCGCCAUCCUCAACCACUCUGCCACGCCCUACAACUUCCGAUUCUCGCCAUUCCUUCGACAAACGUACCAGGUCGGCCUGUCUCCCGACCGGCCAAUAUGCAAAGCCUUCCAGUCGGGCCACUGCCCAAACGGCACACGAUGUCCUGAACGUCACGUCUCUGAUUCCAAGACGUCGCAGCCGAGCGGUGGUCUUAACUCGCUCGUGUGUAAACAUUGGCUGCGCGGCCUGUGCAAGAAGGGCGAGCAUUGCGAGUUCCUUCACGAGUACAACCUUCGAAAGAUGCCCGAGUGUAAUUUCUUCAUGCGAAACGGGUAUUGCUCGAAUGGAGAUGAAUGCCUAUACCUUCACAUCGACCCCCAAAGUCGGCUGCCACCCUGCCCUCACUACGAUAUGGGGUUCUGUCCCCUCGGGCCCAACUGUUCAAAGAAGCACGUGCGUAGGAAGCUCUGUGUGUUUUACCUGGCAGGUUUCUGCCCCGAUGGACCUGAAUGCAAAGAAGGCGCCCACCCCAAGUGGUCAAAGGAUCUGGAGAAGCCAACCCUCAAAUCAGAGGAGAAGAAAGAUGAAGACAUUCGAAUAGAUUCUGCGCAGGAUGAGGUGGACAGGUCACGCGAUCAACAGAGAGAUAGGGAUCGGGAUGAUGGGGGCAGACAUAGAGGAGGUCAUGGCGGUCAUGGUGGUCGAGGAAAAUGGCGAGGAAGAGGCCGUUACCGCGGGAGAGGUCACUAAGCCACACAUUUACUUGUUGUACUUUUACUCAGUUGAUGAUACCCACAUGAUUCCCAUGUCAAAAUUUCAUGUAACUGUGAACCUCAAAAUACUGGUCGAAAGUAAGGCAAUUGGAUUUGUAUUUUUCCAAUAACCGUAGUGUGAAAAUCAUUCAAGAGUUGGAGUCGUGACGGCGUCUAUAUGUAACAAAAUCGAAC